AUGACAGCUAGAGCCUUCUGGCUUCUCUGUUUGAUCGUCGGGUCGUCCCCCGAAGCCCCAGUGGCGGAGAGAAAAGCCUCGCCGCCGCACAACACAAAGGCCGACCCCAGCGGCGGCCCGAGCGCGGAGGAGACACCGGGGCCCCGGGAGCAGCCGGUGCCCGAGGCCGCCCCCCGCGCCUGGCCCGACCCGCGGCGCAGGAAGCCCCCGCCGCCCGCCGAGAACCGGGCCGGCUUCCGGGAGGCCGCGCGCGUGCCCGCCGGGCCCCCGGGCCCGCGCCUCGCGCAGGCCGAGAACCGCGCGUCCCCGCGCCGCGUGCUCGCGCCGGAGGACGCUCCGCGGCGCGCGCGCGCCCGGGCCCCGCGCUUCCCGGCCGCGCCGUCGCCCGCGCGCGCCGCCGAGGCCCCCUCCGACCCCGCCCAUCCCAACCGGCCGCGCGCCGCCGCGCCGCCCCCGGGACCCGCGCCCGCGCCGCCGCCGCCGCCGCGCCUCAGCCCGCCGCGGAGGGACGCGGAGCCCGGCGCCGAGCCCUGCGCGCGCGCCUGCAGGGCGGACCUGGACGAGCGCGAGUCGUUCUGCGCCAGCGAGUUCGCAGCAGUGAAUGGAAUCGUGCAUGACGUGGACGUGCUCGGCACAGGGAUCCGGCUGGUGACGCUGCUGGUGGACCGGGACGGGCUGUACAAGAUGAACCGCCUGUACAUCACUCCGGACGGGUUUUUCUUCCGAGUCCACCUGUUAGCCCUAGACUCCUCCAGUUGCAAUAAGCCAUGCCCAGAGUUUAAACUUGGCAGCAGGUAUAUUGUGAUGGGCCACAUCUACCAUAAGAGACGGCAGCUCCCCACAGCUCUGCUCCAGGUCCUGAGAGGGCGCCUCCGUCCAGGAGAUGGACUGCUUAGGAGCAGCAGCAGCUACGUGAAAAGGUUUAACCGAAAGAGGGAUGGGCAAGUUCAAGGUGCAAUUCACACCCAAUGCAUUUGAAACACACCAUCCUGGCAUUUCUGGAUUACAAGAGACUUGAAUUCAGCAACAAGACAUAAAACAUCUGUCUUCGUGUAAUGGGGUCUUCCUUUUCAAUAGGGCCCACCACAACUUUAUGAAUGACUUGCAUUGUUCCAUCUCUAACCUUGAAGUUGUCACUUUCUUAUUUACAAAAUUCUUAUGAAAUGGUAUGCUCCUGAGCUCAGCAGCAAAGUUAUUCAGUGAUAGUGUCAGACAGGGAUUCACACAGCUUAGAUAAUUGACCUGUCCAGUUAACAGAUCACUGCUUCAUGUUACAUUUUAAAAUUAUUUUAAUACAUUUUUCAGUAGAAAUAGUUCACAAAAAACAUUUAUUGAAUUUAAAUAUACAACCUUGAAUACUUUAUAUCAUGUAUCAAACCAAAUUUUAUACUCAAACCAUCAUAUUUUAAAUUCUGUACAUAACAGUAAGCACAUUAGCCAAGACAUUUAUGUAUGAAAUGUCCUUUAAAUCAGAGCCCAGGACAAGUAUUAAAAUUUUACAUUUAGAGAAUACUAAAGGGCUUAAUUCGAGCAAAAUAUUAUUCAAAACAAGUGUUUCUGAUGUACCAAAAUGUAAGAUAUAGUUUAUUUUCAUGCUUCCCUGCUCCUAAUAACUUAUGUUUUCUGAACUGGCAGCUAUACUAAUACUAAUGCUAAACAUAUUCUGAGUGUAUCUGAUGUCAUUUUUCUGUUAAGACCAAGU